AUGAGAGAAGACGUCAAUGCCCCACCAUUGGAGUCCAAAACCUUCGAGGUGCAUGAGGAGUACUUGGACCCUCAGAGUAUGCUUGAGCUAUCCUUGGCUGGUGGUGCAUCCAAACUCUCGGUACGUCAAAGGUUAUACCUGAGGUGCAAGAAGAUAAUGAGGAAAGAAAACGACGGAAAGAAGGGUUCUUCCUCUAGUGACGAUGCUGCUAGCCAGUAUUCUAUACACGCUCAAGUACCAAACAGAUCUCGUGAAAAACUGGGGUUCUUCGGCAAGAUCAAAGAUGUUUUAAGAAAAUACAUGAAAUUUGUUGGGCCUGGGUUAAUGGUCAGUGUUGCUUAUAUGGAUCCAGGUAACUAUGCAACUGAUGUCAGUGCUGGUGCUUCAAAUAGGUUCUCCCUACUCUGUAUUGUUUUGCUUUCGAAUAUUAUUGCCAUUUUCUUGCAAUCUUUAUGCAUAAAAUUGGGAUCGGUUACUGGCUUGGAUUUGUCAAGAGCUUGCAAGAAACAUCUACCCAAAUGGCUUAAUCUAAUUAUCUACGUCUUUGCAGAAUGUGCUAUUAUUGCUACUGAUAUUGCUGAGGUUAUCGGUAGUGCAGUGGCCUUAAACAUUUUGUUAAAGAUUCCUUUACCUGCUGGUAUCAUUAUUACCGUUAUCGAUGUCUUGUUCGUUUUGAUUGCUUAUAAACCCGGUACGUCUUCUAUGAGGUUUAUAAGAAUGUUCGAAUAUGCGGUAGCAUUGUUGGUUUUUGGUGUUGUCAUAUGUUUCAUUGUUGAAUUAGGUUAUUUGCCAAAAACCUCCGUCCGGUCAAUCUUCCGGGGUUAUGUUCCAUCGAAGCAAAUGUUCGAACAUAAUGGUAUGUAUACUGCUACCUCCAUUCUCGGUGCAACAGUUAUGCCUCACUCUCUAUUUUUGGGUUCGGGGUUGGUCCAACCAAGACUUUUGGAAUAUGAUGUCGAUCAUGGUUACUAUGAUCUAUUACCAAAGGAAAUAGAGGAAGAUAACGAGUCUACAGUUAAGCAAAAACAAGAUCUUGAUACUUUAAGAGAACAAAGAUACUUCGAUUACCAACCGACCACCAGUGCAAUUAAAUAUGCUUUGAAAUACUCCAUUGCUGAAUUAGCCAUCACCCUAUUUACAUUUGCCUUGUUUGUUAACAGUGCUAUCUUGAUUGUUUCUGGUGCAACUUUAUACGGCUCUGAGCAAGCUGUUGGUGCUGGUUUGUACACCAUCCACGACUUACUCUCUGAUACAUUGGCUCCAAUCGCUGGUACUGUAUUCAUGCUAGCAUUAUUGUUCAGUGGUCAAUCCGCAGGUAUUGUCUGUACAAUCGCAGGUCAGAUCGUCAGUGAAGGUCAUUUGGAUUGGAAUUUCAAACCAUGGAAAAGAAGACUCAUAACAAGAGGUAUUGCAAUUGUCCCAUGUUUAGCUGUAUCUUUGGCUAUCGGUAAGAGUGCUCUUAACAAAGCUUUGAACGCUUCUCAAGUUGUCUUGUCUAUUUUGUUACCUUUCCUAAUCGCUCCUCUAAUUUUCUUUACCUGCAAGAAGUCUAUUAUGAGAGUAAAGGUCAAUGAUAAGGAUGAACAAGCUUAUGCUGAAGCAGCUAUGGAUCCAGAUGGAGGUGUGGUUGAGGUUGAUCCUGAAGCGGAAGAAACCACUUCUGGUGAAAGACCAGCAAAAUAUAUUGAUAUGUCUAAUAACUGGAUCACAACUAUUAUCGCAUUUGUGGUGUGGCUCUUCAUUUCUAUGUUGAACGUAUACACUAUUGUUCAACUAGGUAUUUCUCAUGGUGAUAUUAGUUAA